GGCGCCGUCACUUCUGGAAGAGGAGGCGCGGAGAGAGGAAGUACCGCCGCUUGUGACCUUCCCCGGCUGCAGACGGCAUGGCUUCCCCGGGACUGGCCGGGCUCCUCAGGGCGGUGAUCCCGGGACUCGGCGGCCUCGUCCUGCCCGCAGCAGCUUCGCCGCGGCUCUUGUCGUCCUUCAUUCCGGGCAGCAGGUCUUUUGGAGGCGCCUCGUCCGCUGCAGCCGAGACCAACGUGACGGAUUUCACCGACUGGCUGAUCUCCGAGCCCCUGAAGCAUCCGGAUUUCUUUAACGUGAAGGAAUUGCUCUCUAUACGGACGCUGUUUGACGCCCGCGUUCACCUGGGACACAAGAAAGGAUGUCGCCACAGGCUGAUGGAGCCGUACAUCUUCGGCUGCCGGUUGGAUCAAGACAUCAUCGAUCUGAAUCAGACGCUGGAGCAGCUGCAGUUGGCGCUGAACUUCACCGCCCACAUCGCGUACCGCAACGGAAUCAUCCUGUUCAUUUGCCGCAAUCGUCAGUUUGGUCACAGGGUGGAGACUUUGGCGCAGGAGUGCGGGGAGUAUGCCCACACGCGGUUCUGGAGGGGCGGCCUGCUCACCAACGCCAGCAUCCAAUAUGGCCAGGGCGUCCGCCUCCCGGAUCUCGUCGUCUUCCUGGGGACUCUCAAUACCGUGUUUGAGCAGCACGUCGCCAUCCGGGAUGCAGCCAAAAUGAACGUCCCGACAGUGGGGAUAGUGGACACCAACUGCAACCCCAGUCUGAUCAGCUACCCCAUCCCCGGAAAUGACGACAGCCCCUCCGCCAUGGAACUCUACUGCCAGCUCUUCAAAAUGGCCGUCACCCGAGCUAAAGCCAAGAGGAAGCAGAUGGAGAUUCUGUACGGACUGAGAAAUAAGAUGGAGGGCUCGUAACGCGCCCCUCACCCUGCAGAUGUCCCUCCUUGUAGAUUGUUCAUUAGGAAUAAAGUUUGCUAUCCUGUCUCUGCA